CGGAUAGCAUUUGGUCCGAAUCAACAUUGCUUUUUAUUCCAAUUGGUGGUUGACACGAUUCGUAUCAAUUUCAACCAUAAUUACUGCUCCUGUAGACCUCCCGAGUCCGGCGAUAGCAAGUCGGCAACCAUGUCUUCUCUGCGCAUGUUAUUCAAGUGCGCUUUCCGGCACUAAACUAAGCAUGACAGAUCUAACCAAAACUAGGAAACCCAAACCACACUCCACUUCUCAUCCUUCACUUCUCCGCUUCAAUGGCGAAACCUUAAUCCCGACCUCAAUUCUGCAAUCAGAAGCUGCAAUGAUGGCCCGAAAAUCUCUCCUCAAGCCCACCCUCGCUACCAUCCUGGCCAUCAUGGCCUUCUAUGCUUUCUUCAACACCUUCCUCUCCCCAAUAAACCCCACCCCUGCCAAGCUCGAUUCGAGCUUUCCUUUCGAUUCAACCAAAUCAGUCUCUCUGUCGAAAUCAGAAUUCUAUAAUUCUCGGAAGUCUAUGGAGAAUUCGUCGCCGGUGAAGGUUUAUAUGUACGAUUUGCCCAGGAAAUUCACGUAUGGUGUGAUCGAGAGCUACUUGAUGGCUCGUGAGUCGCUGAAAUCACCGGUUGAGGAUGUGUCCACGUUGAAGUACCCCGGGCAUCAGCAUUCUGCAGAAUGGUGGUUGUUCUCGGAUUUGAUUAGGGAGGAUAGGUUCGGGUCGCCAGUCGUCAGGGUUUCUGAUCCUGAAGAGGCGGAUUUGUUUUAUGUUCCUUUUUUCUCGUCGUUGAGCUUGGUAGCGAAUCCAAUUCGACCCGGUGUUGUAGUUGGGACUGCGGCGAUUUACAACGAUGAAGAGAUGCAGGAGAGUUUGAUCGAGUGGUUAGAAGAGCAGGUAUUUUGGAAGAGGAAUUCCGGACGGGAUCAUGUCUUUAUAUGUCAGGAUCCGAAUGCACUUUAUAAGGUGAUUGAUCAGGUGAAAAAUGGAGUUCUGCUUGUUUCGGAUUUUGGAAGGUUGAGGGCAGACCAAGCGUCUUUGGUGAAGGAUGUAAUAUUGCCGUAUUCACAUAGGAUUAAUUCAUUUAAUGGAGAUGUUGGAAUUGAAGGCAGGAAAUGGUUACUAUUCUUCAUGGGAAAUCGGUACCGGAAAGAGGGAGGAAAAAUUCGUGACCAGCUUUUCCAAGUACUCGAAAGUCAAGAAGAUGUCAUAAUAAAACAUGGCACACAAUCUAGAGAGAGUCGACGCAUGGCAACACAAGGGAUGCAUUCGUCCAAAUUCUGUUUGCACCCUGCUGGUGAUACACCAUCGGCUUGUAGACUCUUUGAUGCUAUAGUGAGCUUGUGUGUUCCAGUAAUAGUCAGUGACUAUAUUGAGUUACCUUUUGAGGAUGUUAUAGACUACAGAAAAAUUGCUAUAUUUGUAGACUCGAUUUCAGCUGUUAAGCCUGGAUAUUUAACUAAAAUGCUGAGGGCAAUUAGUACAGAAAAGAUCGUGGAAUAUCAACGGGAGCUUAAAGAGGUGAAACGGUAUUUUGAAUAUGAGGAUCCAAAUGGAACAGUGAACGAGAUCUGGCACCAAGUCUCUUUGAAGCUUCCUAUGAUCAGAUUGAUGAUCAAUCGUGACAAACGCCUUGUGCAUAGAGCCUUGUCUGAGCUAGACUGCUCUUGCAUGUGUUCAAACCAGACUAGGCCCAUCACAACCUCUUGAUAGUGACACUGAUAAUAACUCUAUGGUGCUUAAAAUAUCCAAUGUCUAGCCCUGAACUCCUGUAUUGCAGUGCAUUUCAAGCAGGAGAGUUUUGGUGGUAAGUUGGCAGACAUGAACCCAAGUAUGGUUCAUUCCAUUACCAAAGGUUGCCAUUCACCCUACCCAUGAUGCUUCCUAUUCCGGGGUAAAUGAAUUUUUGACGGUCAAUUUCUUCACUGUAGACUAAAGGCUUUAUUGCCAUCACACAUCCCUGUUGCCAUUUCACUGUAGACUGAAGGCUUUAUUGCCUUAUUUUUUACUUGAUUUUGGAGAUAACAAACUUAGAAGUUGAAAUGCACUGAUUAUUAUGAUAAAUUUUUUUGUAACUGUAAUUGCAUCUGUAUAUCUACGCUUACAUAAAAGUCCAGUUUCUACUUACAAGUUA